AUGCCGCAAGUCCAACGACAACAACAACAACAACAACAACAACAACAACAACAACAACAACAACAACAACAACAACAACAACAACAACAACAACAACAACAACAACAACAACAACAACAACAACAACGAUUUCCUCUGGUUCCGAUCUCGUUACCGCCUCCUGUGCUGGCAUGA